CAUCCACUUUCCCCGCUUUUCUUCCCACCUCCGGGCUGCCUCCGGUCCUCCUCCACCCACGCGUCCGUGCGCAGACGGCCCCCCACCGCCACCAACCCAACCCAGCUCCAAGCGAAGCCCAUCGCAGCUCCCAAAGUUCCAAGCCCACCCGCCACCGACCACCGUCCGGCGGGGGCGCCCUCGGACAGCCGUCAGGCGUACUGUGCAAACCCCCUCAUAAAAAACCCACACCGACCCGCGAUCCCGAGUCCCGACCGCAGUUCCCCCUCCCCGUCCCACCUCCGGGCCUCCACUGUAGUGUACAUCCACCGCGCACGCUGCCGUCUGCUCCCCUCAGCGAGCGAGAUCGAUGCGGGGGCCGGCGUCAGUGAAGGCGGGGAGCCGGCCGCCGUGGCUGGGUCUGGGUGCGGCGGCGUGGGUGCAGGUCGCGGGCGGCGCCAGCUCCACGUUCGCGCUCUACUCGCACGCGCUCAAGGUCGCGCUCGGCGCCGACCAGAGCCGCCUCGCGCUGCUCGGGGUCGCCUGCGACGUCGGCGAGAACCUCGGCCUGCUCCCCGGGGUGCUCUGCAACCGCCUCCACCCGGCCCUGCUCCUCCUCAUCGGCGCCGGCGCCUGCCUCCUCGGCUACGGCACCGCCUGGCUCCUCGUCUCCGGCGUCGCGCCCGCGCUGCCCUACUGGCUGAUAUGGUUUGCGUUAUGUCUUGCUACCAAUGGUGGUGCAUGGUUGGCGACUGCCGUUCUAGUGACCAACAUGAGGAACUUCCCACUCAGCAGAGGUGCUGUUGCUGGCAUUCUGAAAGGGUACUCGGGUUUAAGUGCAGCUGUUUACACCGCAGUAUACACUGGAGUGCUCCGUGAUUCUCCCAUCAACCUUUUGCUCUUUCUCACUCUGGGAAUUCCUGCUGUGUGCCUUCUGGCAAUGUACUUUGUUCAGCCUUGUGAACCCUCUCUGGUGGAGACGAAUGCAGAGCAAGUCCAUUUUUUAUUUGCACAAAUGGCGAGCAUUCUUCUUGGGGUUUAUCUGGUUGGGGCUACGAUAUUGGAUCAUGUCGUGACUCUCAAUGACAUUAUCAACUAUUCUCUGCUUGUCAUUAUGGUUCUUCUCAUUUUUGCUCCCCUGGCAAUACCAUUGAAGAUGACUUUAUUCCCAAAGAAAAAACGUCCAUCAGAUUCACACUCUCCAACAAAUGAUAAUGAUCACACAGAAGCACUUUUGCCUUCUUCCUCUGAAUCAAACCUUGGUAAUCUUGAAGAAGAUGAUUCCUUUGACAUUGAUAUUCUCUUAGCCGAGGGCGAAGGGGCUAUAAAGCCGAAGAGAAGAAGACCAAGAAGGGGAGAAGAUUUCAGGUUUCGUGAAGCAAUACUGAAGGCCGAUUUCUGGCUUCUCUUUGCAAUAUGCUUUGUUGGGAUUGGAUCUGGAAUCACUGUUGUUAAUAAUCUAGCACAGAUAGGAAUUGCUGCAGGUGCUGUCGACACAACCAUCUCACUCUCUGUCUUCAGUUUCUGCAAUUUUUUUGGCCGGCUGGGAGGUGGUGCUGUUUCUGAGUAUCUUGUCAGGUCCAGGACACUUCCACGAAGUGUUCUGAUCAUAUGCACCCAAGUAGUGAUGAUAAUUACAUACCUGCUCUUUGCAUUGGGUCAGCUUGCCACACUUUACGUCUCUGUCGCCUUACUCGGGAUAUGUUAUGGUGCCCUGCUGUCCGUGAUAAUCUCAACCUCAUCAGAGCUCUUCGGACUAAAGCACUGGGGAAAGAUAUUCAACUUCAUCAUAUUGGCAAAUCCAGUAGGCGCAUACCUGUUUAACACCCUUGCGGGAUAUGUCUACGAUCUCGAAGUGGCAAAGCAGCAUGCCACAACAUCAGGGUCGGAUAUUGCAUGCCAUGGCCCUAAUUGCUUCAGACUCACAUUCUGUGUCCUCUCUGGCGCGGCUUGCUUGGGCACAUUGCUGAGCGUGGUUCUCACAGUGAGGGUCCGGCCAGUGUAUCAGAUGCUCUAUGCGGGGGGAUCCUUCAGCCAGCCCAGGAACUCUGGACAUUGAGGGACGACGAUACGGAGCUGUAGUGUUCUCUGCAUCUACAUUAAAUCCAUAUGAUGUCUGAAUAGUUUGAUAAUGAUCUAUUGUAAUUCAUGAGCACGCACCUUAUUUCAGUGCUCUGUGUUCUAAUUUUGGGUCCCUUUUGGUCUACUAUGAAGAGGGGGCGAUGGUCACGUGCAGCUAUUUGUACCAGAUGCUCGUGCUGUUGCUCCAGGUUAAUGUGCUGAGGCCUGAAUUUUAGGUGUGCAUAACUGAAAUCCCUACUUAUGUAGAACGCUGGUGCUUGUAUAUUGAUAAGACUCUGCAUCUUUCUCCAAAUCUGAAAUAAACUGCAUCUCAGGUCUUAAUCA